CACUACGCCGGGAAGACAUGCCCAUGGCCACGCCCACAUUUUGCAUAAAGACGACAGAAAGUGGCCGGAGGGGAAGAACUUAGAGACGUGGCCCGGCGUGGGUGGAACGUAGAGACGCACCUCCGAUGAUCGAUGCACCAGAUUUAACCCGCGCUGCUGCGAAUCGGAUGUGUUCAGUAUCUCCCGCCGAACAGACCUCACUAAGAAGCGAACCGGAUCUGAGCCUAGGGUCGGCGACGGCGAACGGUGACGGGUCAUCCUACCAUGGAAGCACACUUAGAUAGGAAAAGGUCUCAUAACGGCCCAUUGAUUUUGGUGCCUCACAAUGAUACAAUUCGUCUCCUGGAGGUUUAUGUCAAGCGCAGCCUCAGCCUCAAUGAUGGGACAGUGGGGUAUAAGAAGGCUGUAAUGAAAGAAAAGUGGGUGACCAAAAAGGAAAGACGACAUUCCAGUGACCCUUCCCUUCACUUGGACGAAGGAUUAAACGAUAGUGGCACGCUGUUUGUGGUCGAACCUCCCACGUUGCAACCUGUGACGCAUCCUGAGGAAUCAGAGAAAAGAAAAGAAAAACAAAAGAAGAACAAGAAACCGUCAUUUUGGAAAGCUUUUUUUGGCUUUUUCUCUCGGAAGAAUAAUGAGGACAAAGACGAAGAGCAGGACUGUCCUUCAGAGAUGCCUAAGAUGAUCAAAAAAGAAGAAGAAAAAGAAGAAGAGGCCUCCGAGACUAUGACCACCUGCCUGCCUACAACUCCAGCCACUUUACAGAAGAAGACGUCCUUGAGAAAAAGGUCCAUUAAAAGAAGGCGCUCCAGACUCUCUCUGAUAAAACCAAGUAAACCCGGGAGAGAUAUCAACCCUGCUGUCAUCACUGGAGUGGAGGCUGUUGUCAGCGUAGAACCGACGUACUCUUACUACGAGAAGGUGUCAGAGGAACUGGAAAAAAUCAUCCAUGAGGUUAAAGUCAAAGAGGAAGUUCAGACUCUCUCAGAUGAGGAAGUAAUCAACAGAAUCAUUGCUUUGACAAAGGAGCAGGGUGACCUCAUAGAUGACAAGCUGAAAGACAACCCCGCCCUGAACAACUUCUUCCAGCGGAUAUCGUACUCUUCAUUCCAGAAGUUGGCUGAUGCUUAUCUGGAAAAAGAAAUGACACCGACCCAUGGACCUCCCACUGUCCCAUCUACAGCGCCUGAGCUGGUCAAGCUGGCCUUUGCACUCGACUUCACAGCCAGGAUAGCCGGACUCUCCAAACCGAACAUAUGUCGCAUUACAGGGCUGGGGAACCGUUAUCUACAGGACUGCUUUGAAUACAAACAGGCAAUUACAGAUCAUCCAGACACUGAUGACUGAAAAGCAACUGUGCAAAAACAGAACCAAGUGAAACCCCUACUCUUCAGCGUCUCCCAGCACCACACAUGUGGUCAAGGAUGUGUUGCAUAAUGGCCUCCAUUGUCAUUCAAGACUGAUUGAAAACACAUCACAACGGCGUACUGGUUGAUAUAUUUCCUCGUUAUGUAACACAUGAACCUAAUUUUUUCUUUUUUUUUUGUUGUUGUUAUUUUUUUUAUGUUGCCCCAGAGGCUUUGAAGGGCCAUAACCUUUUACAGCAUCUGAAGUAAGCCACGGGCCUGACUCCAGGGUGGGGCCCAGGUGACCCCAUACCGGGCGGGGUAAACGUAAGCCUUGAUUUGUUCAUUGUAGGUGGCCUAAGAACCGCCCUUUGUCUGGUCUGUCACUUAGGACCUGUUUGCCAUGAGAGACCCUACCAGGGACAUAUAGCCCCCGACAACAUAGCUCCCGGUAUCAUUCAGACACUCAAACCCUCCACCACAUUAAGGUGUCGGUUCCAGGGAGGGGUUGUGUUUCCCUGAUGUAUUUUUAAUCAUUUCUGAACAACAGUCUAUGGCACAGACAAAUAAGAUAACCCAGGACGGACAGACAUUAACAGUGACUGUUGGGGAUUGUUAAAAUCAUGUUAAUAUUUAAAAUGACCAACCUUAUCCUUCAAGUCUGUACACAAGCACAGGCGGUUGCCAUUAUUCAUUAUUACUGUUUUGCAUUACAGUACUUGUGUAACUAAGCUGCAACACAAUGUUUGCUGAGACAGUUGAAUGGGUUUGGUAAAUUUGAGUGUGUGCCUUUCUGCAGUGAACUGUUGACUGAUGUCCUUCACGACUUGUAAGCACAGACUCAAACGUGCAGCAAUAUUUCAGAAUCACAAACGCUCCAGCUGCUUCUACUAGUGACACUAAAACUGUGAUGCUCUUUUGACAACACUGAAUCAGAUAUUUUCUGUGAAUUGAUUUGUAAUCGUACAAAAGAGGAAUGCAGUAACCUUUGGUGUACAUAAGGUAGACAACUCUGUGAAAUGUUUUUUUUUUUUUUUUACAUUUUUAGGGUUUAAAAUGAGUCAAACCUAGAAGCUAUAAUAAACUGAGACGUGACUGUUGAUAUGAAUGCUGGCGUUCAUAUUAAAUACUCAAAGAUUUAAUUCUCAAAUUUGUACUUUUUGUCAACCAUUAAGAAAACUAUUGGUAAUUGAACUUGUAUCUUGAUAACUGUGCAACUCCUUGCAAUAACCUCUUUAUAAGUUUGCUAGCAGUGAUCCUCUAUAGAAAUUGCAUGGUAGCUGUAGAGCAGUGUUUUCCAGAGGGGGCUGCAAGAAAAACGUGAGGGGUUGCUAGAUAAGCAAGAACCGGGAAAAGACACAAAAUUAAGUUAAUUUGUUUCAUACCUUCUAGUUAAU